AUGGCUCCAUCACCAGUUGCUGCUCCUCCUCACGUUCAUGCUCUGUUAAAGGAUCUGCAUGCGCGAUCCCUCGAGGAGGAGUCGCAUCUCCCUUCUCCAAUGCCCCUGCGCUGCACGCCCGAGUUUGACGAUAUAAUGAAGGACAAGUUCAUUGCACUCGACCAAGACAAGUGUGAAUUUGUGUAUCAGAUGCUGCGUGCUAUUGGUGCAAAGACAGUUGUUGAAGCAGGGACCAGCUUCGGUGUGAGCACCAUCUAUCUGGCGCUAGCCGUUACACAGAACACAGCCGGUUCAUCGCCCGGCAAGGUCAUUGCAACCGAGAAUGAACCAGACAAGGCGAACAAGGCGAUCGAGCACUGGUCCCAGGCUGGAGACAGCGUCAAAUCUGUGAUUGACCUACGACUCGGCGAUCUGCGGGAGACAUUGAAGAAGGAUCUCGGCAUAGUGGAUUUCUUGCUUCUGGACAUCUGGAUACCUCUUGCUCUUCCAGCGCUCAAAUUGGUCCAGCCGUCCAUGAGACCUGGGGCGGUAAUCGUCGUGGACAACACAACCGACAAUAGCCUGAGUUAUGCCGACCUGUUCGCGUAUACCGACGCACCAGGAAGCGGUUUCCGAAGACUGGCGAUGCCGUACUCCGGGGGCUUGGAAUUCAUGGUUUAUCACCCGGAUAAUUAG